AUGCCCAAGCUCCCGAGCUCGAUACCUCUCCUACCUAUACAACAUUCUCCCACAACACCUGGCACCCGGCAACUUCUGCUCGAGGCACCGAUCACAGUACACCGGAGGAGCGGGAAGAGUGUCACAACAGAACUCGUCACACUCACACAGCUUCCCGCAGCAUUUACACAGUGCUCCUACAUCUAUGCCACAGCAGACUUCGCGUGCGCGGCAUCUCUUCCUGCAGUUGAGACAUCUCACCUCGUGCGGUGGGCCCCGGUUGGCGUUGUGGUGGCGGCAAGGCAUUGA